UUAUUUGAAUUUUGAUUUUGACGUUGAUUGGACGUGUUUUCGCGGUUAGCGGACGAUUUUCUCUCUCUUAAUUCUCCGCAUAAAGCGAGCGUUCUCGGGUUGAAAUUUUUUAUAAAUCUUUUUGAAACUUCUAGUUAACUUCUAAGUAAUUUCUGAAAUAAAACAAUAAAAGUGUUACCAUAUUAUUUUUACUAUUUUAAUUGUUAUUAAUUUUUGUUGUUGUUGAGUACAAAAACAAUACAAAAAACAAAUCAACUCAAAAUUCAAUCGGACGCUCAAGAAACAAGAAGAAUUACACAAAUACCGUCCAUCAGCAACCAGCCGCCUUUAACAUCAUCAUCGUCGUCGUCGUCACACCAACAAGCGCGAUAAUAGCCGCCGAACUGUAAAAGAGAAGAAGAAGAACACUAGGAAACAAAAUGUCUUUUCGCGUUGUCAGAAGUUCAAAAUUUCGUCACGUCUACGGUCAGGCUUUGAAACGUGAACAAUGCUACGACAAUAUACGUGUCUCCAAGAGCAGUUGGGAUUCCACCUUCUGUGCGGUGAAUCCGAAAUUUUUGGCCAUCAUUGUGGAGUCAGCAGGUGGCGGUGCCUUCAUCGUUUUGCCACACAGUAAGGUGGGACGCAUUGCUGCCGACCAUCCAUUGGUAGGUGGCCACAAAGGUCCCGUCUUGGAUAUUGCCUGGUGUCCCCACAAUGACAAUGUCAUUGCCUCCGGCUCUGAAGAUUGUGUUGUCAAGGUAUGGCAAAUUCCCGAUGGAGGCUUGUCGAGGACCCUAACUGAACCCGUUGUAGAUUUGGUAUUCCAUCAACGUCGUGUUGGCUUAGUCGUGUGGCAUCCCUCCGCCCUAAAUGUUCUGCUGACCGCAGGUUCAGAUAAUCAGGUUGUCAUUUGGAACGUGGGUACCGGUGAAAUUUUGGUACACAUUGACUCACACCCCGACAUUGUCUACAGUGCCUGCUUCAACUGGGAUGGCUCCAAACUGGUUACCACCUGCAAAGAUAAAAAGAUUCGCAUCUACGAUCCACGCACAGGUGAGGUGGAAAGUGAGGCCGUCUGCCAUGAAGGCUCAAAGGCCACACGGGCCAUAUUCCUGCGUCACGGUUUAAUCUUUACCACCGGUUUCAAUCGUUCCUCCGAACGUCAAUAUUCAUUGCGUGCCCCCGAUGCCCUCAGCGAUCCUAUUGUCAUGGUUGAAUUGGAUACAUCAAACGGUGUAAUGUUCCCACUCUACGAUCCCGAUACGAAUUUAAUUUACCUGUGCGGUAAAGGUGAUUCUGUGAUCAGAUACUUUGAAGUAACCCCCGAACCACCAUUUGUCCACUAUAUUAACACCUUCCAAACACCCGAUCCCCAGCGUGGUAUUGGUAUGAUGCCAAAACGUGGCUGCGACGUCACAACCUGUGAAAUUGCCAAAUUUUAUCGUCUCAACAAUAACGGCCUGUGCCAAGUCAUCUCAAUGACCGUUCCCCGCAAAUCGGAUCUCUUCCAAGAGGAUCUGUAUCCCGACACAUUAGCCGAAGAUGCUGCCAUUACUGCGGAAAAAUGGAUAAUGGGUGAAGAUGCCGAUCCCAUAACAUUUUCGCUUAAAGAUCGUGUUUCUAUUGUACAGGGUGGCUAUGUCUCACAAUCGGCCAACAAAUCGCUGUCCGUAUCAAAGAAGGCUAAUAUCCUGAAUAAGGCGGCCGUGGGUACCUCAAAGAGUGCCAGCAGUGCGACACUGGGAUCCAGCGGUGGUGGCAGUAGUGCAGCCAACAACAGCUCUGGUGGCUCGGCGCCGGUUAGCGGAAUAACUGAAAAGGACUUACGUGACAUAACCGAUGAAAUACGCAAACUAAAGGCUAUCAUUGUCAAGCACGAGAAUCGUAUACGGGCCUUGGAGGCUACGAUACGAGAACAGGAGGACAAUACCGAUAGUGUUGCAGCCAAAUCGAAUAACACCAGCAGCAGCAAUGACACCAAAGCCAAUGCCGCCGAAAGCAAUAGCACUAAAGAAGAUGCCAAUGGCUCGGCUGGUACAACAACAGCAGCUGGAACAGCGUCAGACGAUGUGUAAAAUCACAACAGAACAACAGCAGGACAACAUAUUUGCAUCCUUCUACAACAACAUUUUUCUUAUUCUCUCGGUCUGUCUCUCUAUCUAACAAUCUGUCAAAAACAAUCUACAAUUUGUUUUCAAACGAAGAAAGGAAAGAAACACAAACUACUUCAUCAUUUUAAUACGAAACGCACGCGUGAUCAUUCGUGCCACCAUUUACCACCAAAAAAAAAAAAACACAACACAGAACCACCACACCAUACUCUCCCGCCCGCCCCCUCUUAUCUUUUAUAUAUAAACAUAUAAUUAUAAUUAUUAUAAAACAAACAAAAAAAAAAAGAAACAAUCACAACAAUGUCACGCAAAACAAAGAAUGGAAUAAAAACAAAAUAAAAUUAUUAUUAUUUUAAUUUUUAACGUAUUAUUAUCAUUUUUUAUAAUUUCAUGUAUUUUUUUGUAUUUUUUUUUUUUAUUUUAUAAUUAUAUUUCUCUAUUGUUUGUAUUAUUAUUGCUUUUUCGUAUUAUUUUAUAUUUCAAUUCUUUUUUUAUUUACUUUAUAUAAAUAUUUAUUCUUCUAUUUACAAGAAAAAGAAAAAACUAAAACCUGAUCUGCCGCCACCGCCUAAUCGCCUAUUCUCCUUUUUUAUCAAUGUAAUUUUUAAAAAAUUUUCUAUAAAAAAAUUGUUUAUUUUAUUUAAUUGUAGUUCUCGUGUUUGUAUUCUUUUUUUAAUUAAUUCUAUAAAUUAAUUUUAAUUAUUAAAAACAAAACAGCAAGAAAACAAAAAAAAAGCAACCAACAACAACAAAGAAAACCUAAAUGUUAAUCACAAAGAAAAAAAAACAGAAACUAAAAAAAGA